GGCGGAGGGAGUUUUGGGAGCGUCUAUCGAGCCCGAUGGAUUUCUCAGGACAAGGAGGUGGCUGUGAAGAAGCUGCUCAAAAUAGAAAAGGAGGUAAGAGUUUACUUCUGAUUCCUUUGCCGUGGAAACAAGGACGUAAGUGCCUUUUGUCUUCUGUUCUCCAGUUAAUUGAAGCAGUCUACCCUGUUUUUUUAUUUGUUUCGUUAUGUAACUGGACGUUGUUACGACAAAUACCUACCGAGGGGGCUCUGUCUGCAUUUGUCUCUGAUUUAAGGCGUUCCUACUUUUUUUACCGCCCUCCUCUGCCUUCCUGGUGCAGCAGCUCCUCUCUGUUCUGACCCAGAGAAGGAGGAAGACUGCACCCGCGGACCCAGUAGUUCCCAUUUGAUGACACUGGCCAUGUUGUUAGGUGGAGUAUCUGGUGUUCCCUAUCUCUGCCUGUGUUGGUUUUCUCCUCCGUAUGUGUGGUUGCAAGCACUGUGGCUGGUGUCUGUACGUUCACUGUAGGUGCCACGUGUGCUGCGAGGCACUGCUCCUGCCCUGCUGCUGCAGGAGCUCCCCUGUAUCUCUGUGGGCUCCAAGGUGCCCGCAGCUGCGCUUGUCUUGCAGUGUGGUUUAAGGCUAACUAGCACACCAGUCACCUUCUCCAGUGGCUUCCUGUGGGCCUGGGAAGACAGACGGGUCCUGUAGCAAUUCUGUGGGAAAAGGCAGAAUGACUGCUUACUGCAGCUUAGCCAUUUGUAAGAGGUUUACCUGGAAAUCCUCUUGACCCUUAGCUCUGCACAGCCCCAGCAGAGAUGCGGUGCCUGCCAUCCUCGCAGAACCCCAGUCUGUGCAGAGGUCACCACUGGGGCUGCACCGUGCAGCAAUGGACAGCACCAGACAAUGUAUAAUCUUAUGUUUAUACAGGAUGUCAUUUUAUACAGUAUCAUCAGAGUGUUUUAGAAAGAUAGUUACAAGUGGAAGGACAGCAAAGCGGCUGUAAGGAUGACAUGCUCGGGAAAUAACCAGACACCUGAAUUCACCUACUGUUGCAAUAACUCAGUUAUUAUUAUGUAACUUAGUGAUGUGAUAAGCGUGUUUGAUCAUGACUAAGCAAGUUACUGUCUAAAACUGUGUGGAAGGAUCUCGUGUUUUUUCCAGUUGACGAUUGUGAAAGGUGUGUGCAUUCUGUUCAAUGUCAAUUUGCACUGUUCUCUGUGUACUUUCUGACAUUAACAAAUAUUAAAAAUCGAAAGAUAAGUAAAAUCAGUGCUAGGCAGUGUCAGCAAUGUGCUACUUGAAAGUCAGCCGACUGGCGGAUCUCGGUAGCAAUCAGUGAAGCAUCUUUAUUGAAUAGAUUUGUCUGUUUUAGACUUGUUGUUAUGUACUACGAGCACUUUUGAAAGACUAUUUUAAAACAGUAUUACUGCAACUUAUGAUGUCAUAAACUGUAGCAGAAUGGGAGAUAAUGAAGAAAGUGUGACAGUCACUUAUUUACCACUUGUGUGUCACUUGAUACAGUUGGACUAUUCAAGUAACAUAUUUUCAGUAAGCAUCCAAAUGGAAAGUUCAACUUGUAAUGAGGGAGACAGGUUGGGAAAAGGAAACUAUAUGCUGGAAAGAAUUUAGUAUCAUUGAGGAUUUGUUUAGAUACUAAUGAAGGCCUGCACCUUUUUCAUGGUGGCGUUACAAGUAAAGUUAAUGCCCUUGCAUAUAUGGAUGAGGAUCAAGUCUUGUUUUUCAGGACUGGUUUUUGUCUGGGUAAAUGGCACUGGGGAGAGGAUGUUAAGCAGCAGGUGCUGUCCUGGCUGUGCUGUUCCUGCAAGAAUGCUGACAAACUGGAGAGGCAGCCCUGGAAAAUUGCAACACAGAGAGUGGAAAGUAUAGGGGUGCAAGGGUGUGUGGGGAACAUGACAGUUAGGAUUGCUGACAGAAGGAGGCAAGUGCCUUCAAGUAGGAAAUCUGUGCGUUUUCCUUCAGACUGGUCACCAUUUGCAACUUAAACAGAAGGCUGAGUUGUAGUUGGAAGCAGCUGGUGUGGGCACCUUCUCUUGGAAGUUCUCAGGAGAGGCAGCAUACAGGCAACUGGUGAUACCUUAAAUAUGUCUAGAAAGCUUUGUGAGAAUCAGUCUGUCAAAAACCUUAGAGAAUUAAAUAAAUAAAAACAAGAGCUUGCUUACAACAAUUGCAUUUUCAUAUGAAGAGAAUACUGGGCUCAUUUAAUCUAGUGUAAAAAGCUAUUAUGAGAACUAAAGGUUGGAAUCUGAAACCAGACAAAUUAGAAUGGGAAAUAAAGCCCAAAUUAUAAGGAGCGAGGAUGAGUAACGCUUGGAACAGACUACAGAGAGAAGGAACAGAGUUGGAGAAUCCUUCCCAUCUCUUCAUGCCUUCACGUUGAGAUGAGAUGUCUGUUUGGACAACUACUUUUGUCAGGUUGGUGAGCUCAGCAGAAGAGAGCUUGGUGAGGUGUCCUGCCCUGUGAAAUGCUGGAGGCCAGCCUCGGUGGUCUAAAAGUCUUUUCUGACCUUAAUGGCUGUACGUCUGUUUACAUACAUAGUAUGCGGUGUUUGUCUGUAGUAUGUUUAUCUGUAGUUAUGACAAUAUUGAAUGUCUGUGACUUCAUUGUGCUGAAAGUCAUGGUGAGGCAAUGACUCUUGUGAUAGCAGUAGGAAAAUAACUUGCUCUAACUGUAUGUAGAUGUUUGGAAAGCUUGCAUUUAGUCCAGAAAACUAAUUGUUGCCCUUUCUGACUUCUUUGAAAGGAAAUGUCCCUUUUAACUCCGUGACUGAUUGUUUUUUAUUUCUCUUAACUGCUGCCAAUAAUCCAUAACAACUGAAUAAAGAGAAAACAGAACAGAGUUGGGAAAAGCUUGCUCAGAGGAAUUUCAUGCUUGCCGAGUCCGAGGGGCACAAGCCAAGUCAAUAGAGCUGUGUUGUCAUUCUGCAAAUAUGUUUGUAUCUGUGCUUCAUGUUAUUAAACAAACCCAUCUAAACCAGUAAAUGUCUUGAAGGCUUUGCGUUAGCCAAAUGGCUAGUAAGUUCCAACAUGUAAAACAAAGCAUUUUUUCUUCCAGUAUGUAGCAGCAUCUCAGACUAAAACACGUUCUCAGAAAAGCUGAUAAAUACUUGAAAGAGUGUAGCUUAGUCAGUUCUCUUCCAAAGUCCUUAAAAUGUGGAAAGUCCUCUGCAAGGCAUUACCUCUUUAUGGACGGGGAGUAAAAUCUGAGUGCCUGGGAAGUGGUGCAUGUUCCUGUGGAUGAGCACAGCUAAGUAGAUGCAUGGAGAGAGCAACCCUCUGCAAGGCCCUGAUUAGAGUAUCAGGCCCAAAACUUGGGGCAGAACUUCUGCUGAUUAAGCAAACCUUAAGUGUGUCUUGAGUGAUUAAGUAACAGCAAAAACAAAUUUAAAUUGCAGUUUUACUGUCCUGUCUGAGCACUCUGGUAGCAUUUGGUUUUAAGCGGAUUGUUUUAUGGGAAAUCAAACUACCGGCAUGAUGUUUAUGAUGCUUGCAGGGCAAGCAGAAAUGUCUCUGCUGAUCAGGACCACGCUUCUUCACUGUGAGCUUUGUUGCUACUGGAGUUUUACCUGAAACUUGCACUUAAUUGUAAUGUGUUAGCUCUCUAGGAAUGCUCUAUGACUCGUGAACUCCGUGCUAUCAUUGAGCAGUAGUGUUACAUCUGGUUUACUUACUUCAGCUGUUGAAGCUGAACCGCUUGUGUGUAGGUUUGCUGGGUUCCGUGCAGUAUGGCUGCUCUUGGAGCCCUUCCUGGUGCUGGCAGCGGCCUCGAUAAGCUGCAGGGGGAGGUGGGGACACCAGUAAAAUGCAAUUGACAUCUUACUGGAAAGUGCUGCUGCUGAACUAACAGCCAUUCGUGCAGAGAACAUGUUAACCAGGUCCGAUUAACAGUGCGUGCGUUGUUCAGUCAUGUCUGUGCAAUGCAACUGGAUUUGAUGAGGCUCGUGUCAUAAAAGCAUGUUUUUGCUGGGUUUGGUGCCAUAUUGCUGGAAGUUUGGCUGGUAUCUUGUUAGCUUUUCUCACACGUAAUACACUUGUACAAUAAGCUUGAAGGGAUCUUUUCAAAGAGUCUAUAAAACUUUUCAUACAGAAAAUAAUGCAGCUGGUUCCUUCUUUUGAUUUUAUGAUCCACUUUUGGCAGGGAUUGUCCAGAAGAUGUUGGUUGUGCCUGUAACUUUCAAACUGUAUGAAUUAAGUUUAAUCAUCAGCGUGUUGCUGGCCUUACCUCACUCGUGUUUGUACUCAUAACAGAGUAUGUGGUAAUUUUAAUGUGGGUCAUAAGAGUAGGACUGGGAAUGGCUUUCAGGAGUAACAAGAGAAAAACAACAGAGUAAAAUAGAGCAAAAGAAACCAAACCAAACUGAAACUGGUGCGUAGCCCAGACAAAAUAAUAGAUGUUUUUGCUUGCGGUUUAUAGCUAUUAAGGGUGCUUGGGUGCCAGUCUUGAAUGAUGACUUCUUUCUGGAAUCUACCUGUAAUGAAGGGCAAUAUUGAUGCAUUUUUAUUAUUUUAUUAGUUCUUUCCAAGAGCUUCCACUCCCAUUAGCCCUUUCAUUUCUGCAUUGGUCAGUUUGUAAAGUGAUUCAAGAGAACAUCUUGAGAGGACAACAAACCCAGGGCUCCCAACCUGUGCUCCUUGCGUGCACACAGCAUUGCCAACGAGCUGUGACAGGUGACCCAGCGUAUCUCCUAUAAGCAUAGGAGUCAAACUUCCCAGAGACCUGCACCUAAACUGGAAAAUUAUGGAGUUCACAAUUGAUUGGUUUUUUUUUUUAAAGGUCAAAUAUCCCCAGACUAAGGAUCUCAUGGGAACGUUUUCAGCCCCAUAGUUAUCUGAAGGAAUGCUGCUGUGUUUUGUCAAUGGUUUUAUUUCUUUUCAGUGGUACUUAUUAUAUUGAAGGUAGGUCUUAAAAUGGCUUUUUUUUUAAUACUGUGAUUAUUUUGUAGGUGUUUUUCUUUUUUAUAUUUUGUUAAAAGAAGUGGCUUAGAGUGCUUCUCUUGGUGCUAAGGUAUUCCCAGAAGGAUAUCAGAAGGAUACUUGGUGGCCUUGCCUGUUCUGUGGCAGUUGUGAAGAUGGGCUCAGGUGCUCCAAAUGUCAUAUACUCUGCAUCUCACAAAAUAAACCACUGUGGAUAGGACAGACUUCUGCAAAACAUCUCUGGCUGUGUCUGUUUUUGGUUUUACUCUACUCUUGGCCUUCAUUCAAGAGAGAUUUUCUUGAGAACUUUUUUUUGUUAAGGAAUGUCAUGUUCUCAGGUCUCAGAAAAGUCAGUGCAUUAAGAGAUUUUCUUAGUGGAUGUUUUGGGUAGGACUGUUGUAACCAUGUAGCGGAAUAUGCAUUAAAACCAAAACAAAUUCAAAACCCCACUGGUAUUUGGGAGAUAGCAGUCUAAUGAAAAAAAUGAUUCAACACUGCCAGAUAUGUCUGUUCCCGGGAAGAACUGGCACGGCUUUCAUUUUGUAUGUUUUAAAGAGAGGCUUCAUUCCUGGACAUCUCUAUGCAGGAAUGUAUCCAAAUGGUCACAGAAACAUAGAUAUCCAGACACAGGAACCCACCGGUCUGUAUUGUGCUACCUUUUGUUGUACUGAUUUCUUUAUUUACUUACGUGUGCGUUUAAACAUUUUAUGGCAAAGUUUUCAUUAGAUGACUAACAUCUUUCAGAGUUACUUCAUAUGAAUAAUGAGUAUUUGUAGUACGAGCUGUGUGGCUUGUUGAGAUUUUUUGACCAGCUUAAUUUGAGGUUCUUACUGGCUGGCGUAUACAUAGUUCUUUUAAAUCGAGCCAAUUAUGGCUUAAUUUGAUUUAGACAUCAACUUCAAUGAAACUGGCAUGGAAGACUCAGACUGGCACUUGGUGUUUUCAGAAGUUAUUUUGGUUCGCUUGAGACACAGUGACCGUCAGUGUUGUCAUCUGAGCUUGCAAUAAAUGGAAAGCAUUUUUGCAAGCGCUGGUGAAUCUCUCUAUAGCUCAUGUUAAGAAGUUACCCUAUACGUGUAUGUGUAUAUAUAUAUUAUCAGCUAAAAUACCAGAUUUUGUACUGAAAUUGUGAAGAGUGUAGUGUGCAUUUUCUUCUGUUGGCUGCUAGGCAUCUUUGAACAGUAGCUUCACAAACUUGAUGAGCAGCUAAAUAAGUAAAAAUGUGUUGGAUUUUUUGUGUUGCUGCCUUUCUCUUGAAUUAUCCUGAAAUUUGUCAGGGUAAAGCAAAGCUAAUUUGUGUGUGCUGUUGGCCAGGCAUACGUAGGCAGUUUUCAUAGCUCAGCUAAUGCACGUGCAUCGUCCAGGAGUAUCUGUGAGGUUCAGGACCCUUUCCAUUUGUUUGUCUUUAUAUUUGCGUUUUCAGAAGGUGCAACAUCUGCAGGCAAGUGUUAACAUCAGUUUCCUACAAAUUGUCAGUAAAUAGUGUUUCUGUAAGGGAAAAAAAUGUGCUUCUGUUGAUUAUUUGAAUAGCAGUCUUCCUUUUUGCUUUUGUACCCACAAUAUCCAGCCUGUCUUGGUAUUCUUAAUUAUUCUUCCAAUUUGAAAUUAAUUUAAUUCCAUUAUAUAAUCUCCUGAAAAUAAUUCUGCUGCAAACUCUUACUGCUGGUAUUGCCAGUAGAUACUUGGUCUCAAUUAAGGCUGGUUUGUUUGUUUUUCUCUAGGUACAUUUCUCCCUUUUCUGUCGUCUUUUUGCAUGGGCUCAGUUAUUAUUUACAAUUUGGAGGAGAGGUUGUGCUGCUUAUUUCUCCAUGCCAGUAACCUUUGACAUCAAAUUGGUGCUCUUCUGUGUCCCCUCCCACGACAUUCGCUGACCCUGGGCUUCUGUUGAAGUGAACAACAACUGUGGAGUGGUAUUUUGGGAUGCUGAAGCUGUACUGAGGCGUCACUGUAGGAAUCUCACAGAUGUAGAAGAGCUCCUUUACUCUUACUGUGCUGUUUGAGGCUCUUUGCUAACUUGUCUCAAACAACUGAGAGUUAGUUCAGAUUAGUCUUAUCUCUACAUUUAUCUAGCUCUUAUUUUCUUAAAGCAAAGUUAAGAUAAUGAAAUCACCCUACAAGCAGUGUCUAUUAAUAACUUUAUGGUAAGUGCUUGUGUGUUUGAGGGACAGGUGACAGUCAAAUAUCUGUGACCAGCUCCAGAGUCCGUUGGUGUUGCAGUCCCUGGGAGCUCUCAUUAAAUAAUCCACGUGUAUUGGUGCAUGUGGAAUGGCACGCUACUGUUUCUGAUGAUAACAGAAUUGGUGCUGAGGUGUAUGAAAAUAUUUUAAAUUUCUAGUAACUUUUCUGUCUUGCUGUAUGUAAGCAUGCGGUUGAUGAAGUGCAGUUCAGAGCUGUGCUGUGCCCUGCACUGUGGAGCCAGCAGCCCAUUCCCACUCUUUGUUACUCAAAGCUGAGCAGAACAGCUGUAGUAUGAUGGGAGUACCCCAAAAUACUUGCUACAUGCAUUGCGGCAGUGGCAUUCUGAACCAUUGAAUUUUGUCCUCCUCCACUAAGAAUCUGGAUAGAACUAGGUAUGCCCUCCUUUUCUUGCUUUGUUUUUUUUUUUUUUUGUCUUUAAUUUUUCCCUGGCUGCAUGUGAGUUGCAUAAGGGAGUAGGGCACAACGUUUCAUUGAAAGCAAAGUUGAAGAGCACGUAGAUUCUAAUUUUGUGUGAAGCAUCAAAAUCAAUCUGGUUUUAAUUGUAAAUGAUGUAGUUCUGCCUGUAAAGCUUAUUGCAUGCUUACCUAUUGCCACUUAUUAAGGUGCUGAUAGAGAAAGUUUCCUUUUUAAGAGGACAGUAUAAACAGUGAGAGGGAGCACUGCAGCCUGUUUAUGUUAGCGGGCGGCUGCUGAGGAGCCCAAGGAACAGCUCCGACGUUAACCCUUCUCUCACACUGAAUUGGUCACACUAGCUCAUGGGGAGAUCAGGCCAGCGGGACAGGCAGAAAUACUCAGUGUGCUCAGUCACAAAAACAUCAUUCAGUUCUAUGGAGCUGUCAUUGAACCUCCAAAUUAUGGCAUAGUUACAGAGUAUGCUUCUGCUGGCUCACUGUUUGAUUACAUUAACAGUAACAAAAGUGAAGAGAUGGAUAUGGAUCAUAUCAUGACCUGGGCAACUGACAUAGCUAAAGGCAUGCACUACUUACACAUGGAAGCUCCAGUCAAAGUAAUCCACAGAGAUCUGAAGUCCAGGAACGUUGUUAUAGCUGCUGAUGGCGUGUUAAAGAUCUGUGAUUUUGGUGCCUCAAGGUUCCAUUCACAUACAACACACAUGUCGUUAGUGGGUACUUUUCCAUGGAUGGCCCCAGAAGUUAUUCAAAGUCUCCCAGUGUCUGAGACGUGUGACACGUACUCAUACGGAGUGGUUCUCUGGGAGAUGCUAACAAGGGAGGUCCCCUUUAAAGGCUUGGAAGGAUUACAAGUAGCUUGGCUUGUAGUGGAAAAAAACGAGAGAUUAACCAUUCCAAGCAGUUGUCCCAGAAGUUUUGCAGAACUGAUGCAUCAAUGUUGGGAAGCUGAUUCAAAGAAAAGGCCAUCUUUCAAGCAGAUAAUUUCAAUUCUGGAAUCCAUGUCAAACGACAGCAACCUUCCAGACCAGUGCAACUCAUUCCUGCAUAACAAGGCGGAGUGGAGAUGUGAAAUUGAGGCAACCUUAGAGAGACUAAAGAAACUGGAGCGUGAUCUGAGCUUUAAAGAGCAGGAACUAAAGGAACGGGAGCGACGUUUGAAGAUGUGGGAGCAGAAGUUAACUGAACAGUCCAAUACUCCUUUGCUGCCCUCCUUUGAUAUUUGUGCAUGGACUGAAGAAGAUGUGUUUUUCUGGAUGCAACAACUUACUAGAAAAGGCGAUGCUUCUGGUGAAAUGAGUGCAUAUGCUAGCUUGUUUAAGGAACAUCAUAUCACUGGAAAGCGACUGCUUCUUCUAGAAGAAGAAGAUUUAAAGGACAUGGGAAUCAUUUCCAGAGGACACAUCAUCCAUUUAAAGACUGCUAUUGAGAAGUUAACCCAUGACUACCUAAAUCUGUUUCAUUUUCCACCAUUAAUUAAGGACUCUGCGGGUGAAGCUGAGGAAAACAUAGAGAAAGUAGUGAAUCUUGAACUCGUUUUUGGCUAUCACUUAAAGCUGGGAAAUGGUCCAAAGGACUGUAAAUGGAAAAUGUACAUGGAGAUGGACGGGGAUGAAAUUGCAAUAACCUACAUAAAAGAUGUGACAUUCAACACUAACCUACCUGAUGUAGAGAUUUUAAAGAUGACAAAGCCACCGUUUGUCAUGGAGAAGUGGAUCGUGGGGAUCGAAGAACACCAGUCUGUAGAAUGUAUUGUUACCUAUGAGAGCGACGUUCGAGCUCCCAAAUCCACCAGGCACGUCCAAGCUAUCUGCUGGAGCAAGGUGAAAGCACAGGAUGAGGUCAAGGCGGUACAGCUUAUGAUACAGACCUCGCUCCCCAACUCAGAGGGGCAUUCACGGAGCAGGUCUGUCUCAAGCAUUGACAGCCAGUGGAUGCAGACGCUGCGCAUGCACCAGAUAGCCAAAGCCAUUUCCCUGCAGCACGGCGACCCGCACAGCCCCACCACCGUCUCGCACUACCUGCCCUACCUGCAGAGCCAGGACUCCUAUGCUGCUGCCGUGAGGCGGACGCGCGGGCCCGUCAAUUACCACUACACCUCCAUCAGCCACUCCAGGAACUCCUCUCCCCUCUCGCACAGUUUGGUGAGAAACCUAUCGAGCCUGCACAUCAACUCAAAGGGCAGCAGCACUUCCAGCACGGCGUCGGACACCGCUUCAGAAAGGGACAGGUCCACGGGCAAGGCCAGGAACGCCUCGCACAGCGGUAACUCCCGCAGCUCCUCUGAUGGACGGCGCAGCGGGACGAGCUCCCCAGUGCCCCCCAGGUCCUCAGGCAGGGCCGGCAGGACUGCCUCCAUGCCCCCGGCCCACGAGCAACGCAGGUAUCCCCGCAACUCCCCCCAGCCCAAGGCCAUCCCGGGCAUGCCGCUGCAGGGGGAGAGCGAGCCCAGGAGAAGCGAAGGGGAGGGCAGGGCGAGCGAGGGGGGGUGGAUAAAGGUGCAGCACGUGAAGAAGCCCCACAGGCAGAGCACCGGCAAGCAGGGUAAGGAGAGGCCCAAGGGCAGCUGGCGGGGCCGGAGGGCGUUCUAACGGAGAGAACAGCUGUGGGCUGCGAUGGAGCCAGCUUCCCUCUUAUUCCACUGAAUAUUCAACUGGGAGAUGACACGUGCUUCUGCUCGACGUGCUCCAGCUGUCGGCACACCGCACUGAAGCCAUGACACUACCUCGCUGGGCUGGCUGCACAGCUCUGCAUGCAGCCGGCCGGUGGGCGCCUGGAAGGAGCCUGCGCUCGGCAACGUGACCUCUUCCCUCCCAGUACUGAUGGAUUUAAUAUGGUUGCCUCCCCUCCCUUUGGCUGCUCGUGUUCUUAGCUGACUGGAUGUGCACUAAUUUGCUUAAUAUUUCAAAAAUAAAUUCAGUAAUACACAGCCGUGUGCUGUAACAAAGA